GCACCAUAGCAGGAGAGAGAAAGAAAAAGAGGGAGAGAGAAAGAAAAAGAGGGAGAGAGAGCGAGAGAGCGAGAGAGCGAGAGCGAAGAGGAAGAGAAUCAUUUGGAGCUGCGACGAUCCAGAGAAUAGGAGCUCCUGUGGUCGGCCUCCAAUUCAAUCUUUGAGUUCGUCGAGCGAAAAUCUGUUCCAGAGGUGAGUUUAUUUCAAGGCGAUCUCAUUGAUUUCUGCAAAUUUGGGGGUAUUGGCAAGUUGCAAUUGGUUGAAUUCGUAGAGAUCUUCAUAGUUUUAGGGUUUGGAAGCCUUGUUUGGGCAGAAGAUCUUGGUAGUUUGGCUUAGGUUUGUUAUGGGUGAGCUCUGCCUUGGGAGCUUGUAGGUAGGAACGCCAAGGUUUUGGGUUAGGGCGGGUGCGGGAGACAGAAAGCCAGUCAUGAAAGGCCGGUCGCAUCGUCUGCCAAUAUCUGAGCCUCCCGAUGACUGGGGGGAUGGCUCGUGGACGGUGGACUGCGUUUGUGGUGUGAACUUCGAUGACGGGGAGGAGAUGGUGAACUGCGACGAGUGCGGUGUUUGGGUGCACACCAGGUGCUCGCGCUUCGUGAAGGGGGAAACGUCGUUCGCAUGUGACAAGUGCAAGAGUAAGAAGAAUAGGAAUGAUAGCGAGGAGACCGAGGUUGCCCAGUUGCUCGUUGAGCUCCCUACCAAGACUAUGAGGAUGGACAACCCGUAUCCUGCGUCUGCGCCCCCUCGGACUUCUUUUAGGCUUUGGACUGAGAUUCCUAUCGAGGAGAGAGUACAUGUCCAGGGCGUUCCUGGUGGUGACCCUGCCCUCUUUCAGGGGUUGUCGUCAGUUUUCACUCCGGAACUUUGGAAGUGCACCGGUUAUGUACCCAAAAAGUUGAAUUUCCAGUAUAGGGAAUUCCCCUGCUGGGAUGAGAAGCAAGAUGUUGAUGCCAGAGCUGAGGAAGAAAACGAGAAUCCUGUUGACAGAGGUGCUGGUGUUCUUUUUUCCUUGUCCAAGGAGCUUGUCUCUGUGACCCCUGUAGAAACAUUCAUUGGUUGGAGAGGUUCACGUGAGGGAGCUGGGUAUGAGAGGAAGCAAUCGCCAAAAGAGACGAAGAAACGGGAGGGCAAGGAUUCAGUUUUUGGGCGUAUGCACAAUGGCGUCAAGAGAGAGAAAAACCAACUUCAGCCUUCUGGAGUCCAUUCUGGUAAGAGGAAGAAGGACGACGUAGGGUCAUCCAAGGACAGAAGUGGAAAGAGGAAGGCUAGAACUGCUGAUAAAGAGGCUGAUAAUAAGAAGAGAGUCUAUACACCUGCAAUUGAUGCACAAAAGUUGGAGUUCCAUGAAGAUGGAGGUUCUAAGGCUGUGAAGGAUGACUCUCAAGAUGCAAAGAAUGAUGAUAAGAGGGAAACUGUUUUUCAUGAAUCUGAUUCACAUGCUUGUCUUGAAGCCAUCAAUAAUAUGAACAAGCCUAUGAACGUUUCAACAGCUAAGUCCCAUUCUGCUGGAGACAUCUCCAAUGAUGCAUCUGGAGAUAUUGCUCCAAUUGAGACAGUGCAAAAGGCAGAAAAGGUUGACACUCAAAUCCCACCAAAGAAUUUGAGUUCACCCAAAACUGUUGCUAAUGCAGCUUCACAUUCGGAGACAACUUAUGUUAGCAGUAUUCCUGUAAAAGAAGAGGAUGCUAAUGUGGUUGUUGAUCAUUUGGAUCACAUUAAUGGUGACUACCAUGAUCCAAGGGACUUAAAUGGAGGUUCUUCCAAUGCUGCAAUGGACUUUCAGAAACCAAAGCAUCUCCUUGGAGAUUCUUCUGUUGCUGCUUUACAAGUGCCGGACAAUCAAAUGCUUCAAGAUUCAAAUUGUGGCAUGUCUUUGUUGUCUAUGGCACCUGAUAGUAAAGUGAAAGAGGAAGCAGAUGAUGGGCAUCUUAGAAAAGAUUCUGAUUUGCUGCUUUCUUCUAGUGAUACGAAGGCAGAUCCAAUCAAAGUCUUGUCUCAACACCCAGCUAGAUGUACUUCUGAGCAGACCUCUGAAAAGUUACCUGUUCAGGGCAUUGAUCGAAUCAACUUACCAACCAGUGACACUAAAGUUCAGGACACUAACAGGGAGUCUGAAGCAGUAAGCCAUCAUGAUACAGAUAAAGUUGCUGAAGGAACGAUUUCUGCAUCUGGUGAACUGUGUCAGGGCACACAAGAAUUAGAGGGUUCUGUGCAGGAAGGUUCUUUUGAUACCAAGGAUGGUCCAAAACAUGGUGAAGAGCCAUCCAAGAUAGAUGAGGCAAACCCAAGUUCUCUAAUGUCGUCCAGUCAGCGUAAAGUGAUAGCAGGUCAUGGAAAAUCAUCAACUUCAUCCACUGUAAAAAUCUCUAAGCCGUCUCUUUCUGGUGGGUCUAAGCCCCCAGGUAAUCCUGCUCCUCCAAGGUCUAUUCAUUCAUCUAAACAUCGAGUGAAGGUGAACUCAUAUUCUGGUCUGAAGAAAGAUAAUGUUGCAACUGAUGUAGCCAGGGACGAAACAAGUCAUGAAGCAUCGAGAAAAAUGGCAAAAGACCAAAACAAAGUUUCUACCAGUUCUGGAGCAAAAACAUCACAGACUAGCAGGAUCUCUCAUUCCUCUGUUGCGAAGCGUACCUUAUCAGAUUCACAUCUUCAAAGCAAGAUAGCUGCUUCAACGUCCUCCCAGAAAGGUGAAAAAUUCAACCAAUCAACUUCCCAGCCAACAUCUAAGGUGAACCAUUCACUGUCCACACAUCCUCCAACACCAGCCAACCCUUCUGCAACAUUAAGUGAUGAAGAGGGCGCAGCAGUUGCUUCGGGCACCAGUGAAUCUGCUAGCUCAUUUCAGACCCAAGGUGGUGCUUUACAUGUGCAAAGCAAGAUUACUGCUUCAGUUUCCUCCCAGAAAGGUGAAAAGUUCAACCAGUCAACUUCGCAACCAACAUCUAAGAUGAACCAUACACCAUUGAUGCAUCCUCCAGCACCAGUUAAUCCUUCUGCAACAUUAAGUGAUGAAGAGCUUGCAUUAUUGUUGCAUCAAGAACUUAAUAGUUCUCCAAGAGUUCCUCGUGUACCACGUGUACGCCAUGCUGGUAGCAUCCCUCAACUGGCUUCUAGAACACCUACAAGCAUGCUUAAUAAACGUACAUCUAGUUCAGGCGGAAAGGAUCAGACUUCGGUUUCUAGGAGAAAAAACAAAGAAGAUGCAUCAAAAGAUAACUCUCGCAAUUCUCGUGAGCUUGGUGAUGAAACUAAGAAGAUGGAAAAGGUUCCUUCCUCCCCUGAUCAGAGGAGACAGGAUCAAGUAUCUGCAGCAGAUGGCUCUAAUAAGAGGGAAGCAAGCAAUAAAUCUUCCGAAGUAUUGCAAUCUACAAAGAAGACUAUGCAUCUUGCAACAAGCACUGUUUCCAAUGGUGGUCCUUCUUCUUCCACUGAUGUCAAUGACCAGAAUUUGUCAUCCAUACGUAACUCACCUAGGGAUAUGUCAGAUGAUGAUACAUCUACAAUUGGGGGUCCUGCUCCUCGAACCUUACCAGGGCUUAUUGAUGAGAUCAUGAGCAAAGGAAGGCGCAUGACAUAUGAAGAACUUUGCAAUGUUGUCCUUCCGCACUGGCAUAGCUUGAGAAAGCAUAAUGGAGAGCGAUAUGCAUAUUCAAGCCACUCACAGGCUGUUCUUGACUGCCUGAGAAAUCGGAAUGAAUGGGCUCAGCUUGUUGAUCGUGGUCCCAAGACAAAUGCUGGAAGGAAGAAACGCAAGCUUGAUUCUGAGGCAUCUAUGGCUGAAUCAGAAGAAAAUGAAUAUGGCAAGGGUAGAACCAAGGAUAUAGAAGGUAGGAGUGUUGAUUCUCAGCGAGAAGACUUUCCCAAGGGCAAGAGGAAGGCUCGAAAGCGCAGAAGACUGGCACUGCAAGGCAGAGGCAUAAAGGAUGUUAGAAAGCGGCAGAAGGCUGAUGCUAUCACAGAUGAUGAUAUUGGUCAAUUUUCCCAUUCAAGCGAGGAGGGUACUGAAAACAUGUUUAGCGAGGAUGAGAGCCAGGGGGCUAGGAUGUGUGCCAUUGGAAGUGAAGCCUCUACUAGCUCGGAUGAAACAGGACCUACGUAAUUGUAAAAGGUGCAUUUUGUCAUCCCGGAUUUAAUUUUGCAGGUGCAGGAUAGGCUACGUUUGUUGAUGGGAGCCAAAACUGAAGCCUAUUGGAUGGUCAAUGUUAUGUCACCACUGAUGACUGAUCCACACAUUUGCAUCCAUGACUACUUGAAAAAAGCAGUCAACUGCUCAAAUGCCGGCACUAUUUUAUUCAGCUGGCAACCGCAGGUACCAGAAGACCCAAUCUAGAAAGUACUGUUCUUUCAUGAUAUGGUUUACUCUCUCAAACAUUGAAACCGAAAGCAGUGGGUCAUGAUGUAAUAUAGCAAGCAUGUUGUGUUUUAGGAGCCUGCUAGUUUCUGUGUUGCGGUGGAAAUGUAAUUUUAAUGUAAAUAUAAAAUGUAUUUUCUAAUGUAAGACUAUCCAUGAGAAUCUUCCUUUUGAAACAUGGGUAAAGCAUGCAUUUUCACUUUGUAAGAACACUUUUUCCCUCCAGCUGUAGUAGUUGAGAACAAGAGUCGUUGAGAGAAGCCACUAUUCAAUAGCAAUAAAAAUGUAGUUUGAGAAGUUUGUCUUAUA